AUGGACUACACAACCCUUACUUUAAGUUUUCUGACAGUUAGAACACAAUCACAGCCCUUGCUGCAACACACUCUCACUGAUCUAACAGGCCUCUCCAAGGCUAAUAUAACCCACAAGCAUCAAUACCCUGCUGCUGUAUUCUUUCUUACUGAUAGGCUCUUUCAGUGCGUUCUUUUUAUAGAUGCCAGAAUUGAUGACAGCAGUGUAGCAUGGGGCUUGAUAAUUUGUGGCAAAGCUGCACACAGGGACUUUACAUUCAGUGAGUAUUCACUCAGUAAGUUGGUAGCAUCAGGAGCCAUGUCUUCAUCUCUACCAGUUCUUCCAACUCCUCUAGAAGAGAAGUAUCCCAAAUUGCCAGAUUCACAAGAAGUUUCCUUGGGAAGGGAAAUAAUGACAAAUCCUGUGGUUCCUCAAGUGCCUCCAUUGGUCUCUAACAGUGAAGUGGUUGGUCACAUAUUUUCAUCAGCUUCAGGAUUCUCCACAGAUCUCCAAUUCUCUUCAGUUGCUCAUGAAGGGCAUUCUAAAAAUGCUCCAUUUAUUUCUCAGUCAUUAAGUAAUGGAGUAGCUUUGCCAUUGACGCAUUCUUCCCAUUCAGGUCUAUAUCAAUCUGGGGCAUUGAAUCAUUACCCCAAAGAAAACAGCAAUAUAUCCUGGACUGCAGAUCAACUGCAGGGUUUUCUUGAUUUUCCUGAAAAUGUUCCUACCCAGAGCAGUCAAACGGAAAGUGGCAAUGGUGGUGUCAUGCCAUCUGAGGAUCGUACAAAACGAAAUGAUUGGCAGGAAUGGGCAGACCAGUUAAUCACAGAUGAUGAUCCUUUGGCUUCUAAUUGGAAUGAACUUCUUCUUGACACCAAUGUUGCAGAUACUGAAAAAAAGGCAGCAUACCAGGUUCCCAAACCACCUCCAAAUUUCACAGUGCACCAACCCCAAAUUCACCAGCAGCUUCCUGAUCCUUCUGGUCAACUAUGCUCUGUUGCCAGCCCCUCUUCUUCGRUCAAUGGUGCUCCAACUAAGACACGUAUGCGUUGGACACCAGAGCUUCAUGAGCGCUUUGUAGAAGCUGUCAAUCAACUUGGUGGAAGUGAAAGAGCUACUCCAAAGGGUGUGCUCAAACUUAUGAAAGUUGAAGGGUUGACCAUAUACCAUGUAAAAAGCCACCUGCAGAAAUACAGAACGGCAAGGUAUAGACCAGACUCAUCAGAAGGAUCAGCAGAGAAAAAAAAGACUGCUAUUGAAGAGAUAUCAUCUUUAGACCUGAAAACGGGUAUUGAUAUCACUGAAGCAUUGCGCCUACAAAUGGAAGUUCAGAAGCAAUUGCAUGAACAACUUGAGAUUCAGAGAAAUCUACAAUUGCGAAUAGAAGAACAAGGGAGGUAUCUUCAGAUGAUGUUCGAGAAACAGUACAAAGCGAAUAAUGAUGAGUUCAAGGGCUCGUCCUCCAACCCACAAGAACCCUCUACUGCAUUAUCGGAUACAAUGCAACAGCAAUCCUCUACUCAAAACAGAGUGGAUGCCCUAAAGGUUUGUGCUGAAACAGGAAAUGACAGCAUUGAUACCAGUGCUAUAGCAGAAGCAAGCUACAAGAAACUGGGUGUGAAGCAAAAAGCGCCUGAAACCCACAGUUGUGAGGAUCUAGAACCAGAUGGCAUUGAUGAUAUAACUAUUCCAUCUGCUAUUCCAUCCACAAAGCGUGCAAUAGCAGAUGAUACAACUAUUCCAUCUGCUAAACCAACAUCGGACAGACAAGCCAAUACUGCUGAUAUUCCAGCUCCUAAAGAUACAGUAAGCAUGAGUACUGAGGAUCUGAGUAAUGGUUAAUAAGUGAAAAGUACUUUGUUGACUGCUACAAGGAGUUUUGGACACCAUACCUCUUUGCCUCUCCUUUUGGGAUUGGACAAUGGUAUACACUCGUGAUGGUCAAUAAAAGUUGUAUUUUUUUUUUUUCUGAAUUUUGUCUAAUACGCUUGUCAACUUGUUUGUGCCCCCGCUCUGGCGGGGCAAAGGUAUGCCAAACAAAGGGAGCUACUGUGUAAGGGACUUCUAUUAACUCUUAAGAGCCAAAACCUUGGUUAUAUCUAGAAAAAACUUGCUAACACAAUCUGUAAUACUACAAAGUUGUUCCAUUUUUCAUA